CGGGGACGGGGGAGCGGACACCAACCUGUCAUUGGGAUCACCGGCGGAGGCGGUGUUGAGAGCAUCGCCCAUGAAGGAGAAGAACUGGCCGGCGCUUCUCAUCCUCGUCAUCAUCGCGCUGACGGUGGGCGGAAACAUCCUGGUGAUUCUGGCCGUCUCACUGGAGAAGAAGCUUCAGAACGCUACAAACUUCUUCCUGAGGUCGUUGGCCGUGGCCGACAUGCUGGUGGGGAUACUGGUGAUGCCAAUAUCACUGAUCAACAUACUCUAUGACUAUGCGUGGCCCCUGCCCAGUGCUCUGUGUCCUAUCUGGAUCUACCUGGACGUCCUCUUCUCCACAUCGUCUAUUAUGCAUCUGUGUGCCAUAUCUCUGGAUCGAUAUGUGGCUAUAAGGAAUCCCAUUGAACACAGCCGCUUCAACUCUAGAACCAAGGCCAUGAUGAAGAUAGCAGCCGUAUGGACCAUAUCAAUAGGUGUGUCCAUGCCUAUCCCGGUGAUCGGCCUUCACAACAAAGACAAGGUGUUUGUCAACGGCAGCUGUGUUCUGAACGAGGAGCGCUUCAUGCUGGUUGGCUCCUUCGUGGCUUUCUUCAUCCCAUUGGUCAUCAUGGUUGUGUCCUACUGCCUCACCAUACAGGUCCUCCAGCGCCAGGAGACCGUCUUCCUCUACGAGAGGAAAACUUCCUCCCAGCAGCCACUGCAGCCUCAGGCCACUCCCUCAAACCACCAGUCCCCGCCUCCAAAUUUCCUAGGCCUGCCCAUAAACAUUGAGGCUCCUCCUCCUAGCAGACAGGGAAGUCUGAGCUGCCUGAAAGGGGCGGAGCCUGACCGGCAGUCCGGCCUCCUAAGCAGUUCCCCCUCGGAGAGCAUCAGUAUGAUUCCGAGUUCGGGGGUGGCGUCCCAGCUGAGCUCUCCGGCAGGGCGUGAUGCACGGGACAGUCACGGGAGGCGGGGGAUGAUGCAGGCGAUCAAGAAUGAGAGGCGGGCCUCCAAGGUGCUGGGGAUCGUGUUCUUCCUGUUUCUGAUCAUGUGGUGCCCCUUCUUCAUCACCAAUGUCACUUACGUCCUCUGUCAGGGUUCCUGCAACGAGCCUUUACUGGCUGAGCUCCUCAACGUCUUUGUGUGGGUGGGAUACAUCUCCUCUGGAGUCAACCCAUUGGUCUAUACGUUGUUUAACAAGACGUACAGAAGGGCCUUUUCCAGCUAUAUACGUUGUCAGUAUAACACAGGGCCGAUGGCAGGGGUUAGUAGUAGAUCGCUAGCUGUUCCCACCAUACAGUGUCCGUCUCAUGCGGCCACGCCCAUAUUUGGACAUCAUGGAGGGAAUGGGAAGAAGGGAAGUGUGGACCGGAAUAGCAACUGUCGGAAUGGUGGUGGAGGGGGCGGGGCCGACGGUAACGGGAUGAUCAGAGGGGUGGAGCCUGACGAUCCUACAGAUGACGGGAUGAGGAUGGAUAUGGAAUGCCCCGGGAUGAUGUCGGAUUUGGAACCCAGAAUGUCGGAGCUGAAGCUAUCUGUCGACAGCUUCUGCCACGCUCACCUGGAGCGCACCAGCAGCGUCUGAUUGGUUGAUUGGAUAAUUGGAUUACGCCAGCUCUGCGGCUCAUUGGCUGAUGAUGGACGGGCGGACAUGAAGUAAUGCGAGGGAGGGAAGGACUGUAGUGGGCAUGUGUCAAAUAACACCCUAUUCACUGUGUAGGGCACUACCCUGAACAAAACUCCCUAUUCAGGCAGCUCUCUGUAGGGCUAUGGUCAACACUAGUGCACUACAUGGGGAAUAGGGUAAAAUUUGAGACACAACCACAGUGGGUGGUGUGGACACUUCUGGAAGAAUGUAUCAUGGAAGGACUUACCUUGAUUCUUAACCCUUGACCUGGGUGUCAUAGACUUGUACAAUUUAGAACCCCACAGAAGGAGAAGGAGAAGAAGGAGGAAGAGGAG